CUGAGUCAAGGCCAGUGAUUUUUGUCUUAGUUGAUAAUUUUGAUGACAGUUAUGAUCCUGAGCCUGUUGGUAUUAAUAUUCAUCUGUAAUUCCUUCCAUUUUCUUCCCAUUUUUCCCAGCUAAACAAACUGAGCUCUCUAAAUGCCUCCCUUUCAGGCACCUUCCCCGUCCCUCAGCUGGGUGUGAGCCCCCCGUGUUGGCCCUCUGAUGUCUGAGGAACUGCUGAAGGAUGCGGCCGCGGGCGCCGAGGGCUGGCUCGCUGACAAGGAGACUCCCCAAAGGCCUGUGGAGGAGACGUAGGAUCUUCAAGCAAGUUCUGGCAGCUGGAUCCCGAUAACAGAUAAACUCACUUGACCACCAUGAGUUGGAGCUUUCUGACCCGCCUGUUAGAGGAGAUCCAGAACCACUCGACCUUUGUUGGCAAGAUCUGGCUGACAGUGCUGAUUGUGUUCCGGAUUGUCCUGAUUGCCGUGGGGGGAGAGUCCAUUUACUACGACGAGCAGAGCAAGUUCGUGUGCAACACGGAGCAGCCGGGCUGCGAGAACGUCUGCUACGACGCCUUCGCCCCCCUCUCCCACGUCAGGUUCUGGGUCUUCCAGAUCAUCCUGGUGGCCACUCCCUCGGUGCUGUACCUGGGCUACGCCAUCCACAAGAUCGCCCGGCUGGUGGAGCACGGCGAGGCCGGCAGGAGGGGCCGCAGGAGGAGCCUGCCCACCCGCUGGAAGCAGCACCGCGGCCUGGAGGAGGCCGAGGGCGACCACGAGGAGGACCCGAUGAUGUACCCGGAGAUGGAGGUGGAGAGUGUCCGGGAGAGCAAGGAGAAGCAGAGCCCCGCCAAGGCCAAGCACGACGGCCGGCGGCAGAUCCGGGAGGACGGGCUCAUGAGGAUUUACGUGCUGCAGCUCCUGGCCAGGGCCCUGUUCGAGGUCGGCUUCCUGGUGGGGCAGUACUUCCUGUACGGCUUCCAGGUGAGCCCCGUGUUCGUGUGCAGCAGGAAGCCCUGCCCGCACAGGGUCGACUGCUUCAUCUCCAGGCCGACCGAGAAGACCAUCUUCCUGCUGAUCAUGUACGGGGUGAGCUGCAUGUGCCUGCUCCUGAACGUCUGGGAGAUGCUGCACUUGGGGCUGGGCACCAUCCGGGACACGCUCAACAGCAAGAGGAAGGAGCUGGCGGACUCUGGGACCUUCAACUACCCGUUCACCUGGAACACCCCGUCGGCUCCCCCCGGGUACAACAUCGCCCUGAAGCCGGAGCAGAUGCCGUGCACGGAGCUGUCCAACGCCAAGAUGGCCUACAAGCAGAACAAAGCCAACAUAGCUCAGGAGCAGCAGUACGGCAGCACCGAGGGCAACAUCCCCACCGACCUGGAGAUCCUGCAGAGGGAAAUCAAAGUGGCUCAGGACCGCCUGGACCUCGCCAUCCAGGCCUACAACAACCAAAACAACCCCGGCAGUUCCAGAGGGAAGAAGUCCAAAGCAGGCUCAAACAAAAGCAGUGCCAGUAGCAAGUCAGGAGAUGGGAAGAACUCGGUCUGGAUUUAAUGUUGGCUGAGUUGAUGUACUGUGGUUUUCUCUCCUAGUUUAUCAUAAUAACCAGCAGCCCCGUCAAUAAUGGCUUCCAUUAAGGGAAUAUUUGACUCUGCUUGUUUUCAGGGAUACCGUUGGCUAGUGAUGCAGCCCCUGGAGAGGGUUUAUACACUGACUCUGGGACUACAGAACUUUAUUCUUUUGUCUUCCAAGUCAGGAGACAAAUAGGUAUAUUUAAUUCAUUCUCAUUGAACGGUUUAUGCUGUAUGUACAGUAUUAUAGUACAUUUAUUAUGCACAAUUUUUUUUGUAUUUGUACACUGGAUCUGAUGUUACACUUUUUAUAUCGACCAGGACAAGGCCAUGGGUAGCCAUUAAUUAGCAUUUUGUUAAUUUUAUUAUUGUUGUCAGCAGUUAUGUCGUUGUUCUUCCUUGUUUUCUGAGUAAAACUUUUUAUAAAACUUUUCUAUGCUGCGUUUCCGAAGUGCCUUGAACGUGCAGACAGUGGAGCCUCCACUCUCUGGGCAACCCCUGGGUGGGGAAAUAUUUGGGAAACUGUUCCUGGUGCUCCUGACUCUGCCCUUUACUAAAAUGAUGUACUGCUGGCAAACUGGAAGUAUCAUCCCAUAAACUCCUAUGUCCCACAGGUUUUUUUCCCUCUGUAGAAAAUGACUUCCAGGAAAAAAUGUGUGUAUGUGUGUGUCGAGAGCAGGAGUGCCAGAGGUGGAGAGGGCUCAGACCUCCCUGCACACUUUGUGGAACAGGAGGGAAGAGACACUUCAAAGUCCUGCAAAACAUCCGAAAAAAACUUGAAUAGGAAUGACUGGAUUCAGUAAUUCCACGUGUUUCUGUGAUAUUGAUGGGAGGAGAAACUUGUGAGGCUUGUUGUUGUGUAACAACAAGGGCAGGCAGUGGAACCUUUUGGGGAGGAUCCCUGUCCUUGCCAAACCAAUCUGGUCAGGUGGAGCCCUGGCAGCUCUGCUCUCCCUCUCCCGGGAGAGUCUGGGGGAGUUCCACAAGGCCCUUCCCGAAUAUCAGUGAUUCUGCCUUAUCCCAGAGCCCUCUUCCCCUGUUCUGUCCAAGGGAUUCAGUUCAGACAGAGCAAUAUGUACAAUUUAGCUUUCUGCUUGAGAGCCCAGCCCGCCGUGGCAUUCCGUGGCUUUGGCAUUAAACGGGAAUUUCCAAUGAGCGGGAGGGGAGUGCGGGACGGUGCCUUCGGCUCUGUCCUGGCAGGGAGCCACGACCGUCCUGGAGACACGCUGAGAAAUGGCUCUGCUUUCUGUGCUGUUGAUAAUGGAUUCGGGACCUUGCUGCUCUCCCUUUUUGCUGUCAAGUUUUCAGGCCUUUCAGUGCAUUUUGGGGGCAAGCAGGACCGUUGUGUUCUGAGGCUACCUCAGCCCUCAGUCCCUCGUCAGAGCUGGGUCAGGAGCAGGACUCUGGGAGUCAUGGAAUCACAGGAUGGUUUGGGUUGGAAAGGACCCUAAAGCCCAUCCAAUGCCACCCCCUGCCAUG